CGCUGCCCGCGCUCCUCUGCCGCUCUCGCCGCAGCCCCGAGCUCGCCCGCCCGCCCGCCGCGCUCGCCCCCGCCAUGCCGAACAUCGUGCUGUUCAGCGGCAGCUCCCACCACGACCUGUCCCAGCGGGUGGCGGACCGGCUCGGGCUGGAGCUGGGCAAGGUGGUCACCAAGAAGUUCAGCAACCAGGAGACCAGUGUAGAGAUUGGUGAAAGUGUGAGAGGGGAAGAUGUGUAUAUUAUCCAGAGUGGCUGUGGAGAAAUAAAUGACAACUUAAUGGAACUGCUCAUCAUGAUCAAUGCUUGCAAGAUUGCAUCAUCCUCCAGAGUGACUGCUGUAAUUCCCUGUUUUCCAUAUGCCAGGCAAGAUAAGAAAGACAAGAGCCGUGCACCAAUCUCUGCAAAACUUGUUGCCAACAUGCUGUCAGUUGCAGGGGCUGACCACAUCAUCACCAUGGACUUGCAUGCUUCUCAGAUCCAGGGUUUCUUUGACAUUCCAGUAGACAACCUGUAUGCAGAACCUGCAGUCCUGCAGUGGAUUAAAGAGAACAUUCCCGAGUGGAGAAACUGUAUCAUAGUCUCACCUGAUGCAGGUGGUGCAAAAAGGGUUACUUCAAUUGCUGACAGACUGAAUGUGGAAUUUGCUCUCAUUCAUAAGGAAAGAAAGAAGGCAAAUGAAGUGGACAGAAUGGUCUUGGUUGGUGAUGUGAAAGACAGAGUAGCAAUUCUUGUCGAUGAUAUGGCUGACACAUGUGGCACAAUAUGUCAUGCAGCAGACAAGUUAAUGUCUGCUGGAGCUACUAAAGUUUAUGCCAUUCUAACUCAUGGCAUCUUUUCUGGUCCUGCCCUCUCUCGGAUUAAUAAUGCAUCAUUUGAGGCUGUUGUGGUAACCAACACAAUCCCCCAGGAGGAGAAAAUGAAACAUUGCCCAAAAAUACAGUUUAUUGACAUUUCCAUGAUCCUGGCAGAGGCAAUUCGAAGAACACACAAUGGUGAAUCAGUGUCUUACCUGUUCAGUCACGUCCCCUUGUAACUGCAGGGGAUUACACUGCAUCUUUGCAAAGGUCUCUUAAGCUAGCACUGUUUUUAACUGUGCACAUCAACCAUGAGAAAUUAUUCUCUUUGUACAAUUCGAGAGCUUGUAUGUUUAAUUAUCAUAUUUGUCUUGUAAUUACUAUUUGUUCUUUGUAAAUGGGCAAUAAAUCUCCAUCUUGCAGAAAGCUUAAGAAUUCUCUUGAGAGUCUGUAAGUCUUGUGUGUUGUGCAAGUUUUUCUAUGUGCCUGUUCUCACAUUUGGCUGACUGCUGUGUCAGAUCCAUUUUUCUAUACAGAACUACAAACUGUUCACAAAAGUUAACAGGAUGUGUAAGUGUAAGGUCAUUCUCUGUGUUAAGCUAAAUGCUACAGACCUGAGUUUUUUGUAUCUGUUAGUCUGUUGGGCAAACAGCUGGGGUUUUUUGUUUAAGUACCAUGAACAGUGUUUUGUAAGCCCUAACCAUAUGUAAAGGUCAUGUUAAUUUUGAGGAGCUGUUGACAUACACAUAGUAUGACCUGUUUGAUUCACUUAAUGUUCACUUUUUUCCCCACAAGAUAUUUGGGGCUGCUGUUUUCUUUUGUAAAACUCUCUUCAUAUUAAAUUGUUUGCUUAACAUCUAUUCUGUAAAGUUGCUAUCUUGUAAGAUUGAUGUUUAGGUAUUCCUAGUAUUAUUAAUAUCACUUGUCUAAACAAUGACUAAGAUUUAAUCA